GACGAUAAGGUGAUAGGUUUCUUCGUUAAAGGAGGAAAAUAAAAGGUUUGCUCCUGUGGCAUGCAGACUUCAUGGUUGCAUACUCACUCUUGGAUCCUGACUCCACAGCAUCUAAAGGCUAAAAACUUAGACUUCCGCCGAAAGUGGGACAAAGAUGAAUAUGAGAAGCUUGCAGAGAAACGACUUACAGAGGAAAGAGAGAAGAAAGAUGGCAAACCAGUGCAGCCUAUCAAGCGUGAGCUUCUGCGGCAUCGAGACUACAAAGUGGAUCUGGAAUCCAAAUUGGGAAAAACUAUUGUUAUUACCAAAACUACUCCUCAGUCUGAGAUGGGAGGGUAUUAUUGUAAUGUAUGUGACUGUGUAGUGAAAGAUUCCAUCAACUUCCUUGAUCAUAUCAAUGGCAAAAAACAUCAGAGGAACCUUGGUAUGUCCAUGAGAGUAGAGCGUUCUACUCUGGAUCAGGUGAAGAAACGUUUUGAAGUGAACAAGAAAAAAAUGGAGGAGAAACAGAAGGAUUAUGACUUUGAGGAGAGGAUGAAGGAGCUCAGAGAAGAGGAGGAAAAGGCCAAAGCCUACAAAAAGGAAAAACAGAGGGAGAAGAAAAGGAGGGCAGAGGAAGACUUGACAUUUGAAGAGGACGAUGAAAUGGCUGCUGUAAUGGGUUUCUCUGGUUUUGGCUCAACUAAGAAAAGCCACUGAUAAGCCAGAAACUGUAUUUUGAAUGGCUACUGUUUAUGUCCUGAUGAUGCUUCAAAAUCCUAGAAAGACUUUGCAAAGAAUUUGUAUCUAAAUAACCUGAUACAAGUUGGGAAACAAUUCCACACUUCACAUGUGGGGCUGAUUCUGCUCUACCAUAAUUAAAACUUCCCUGGUUGAAAAGAUAGUACCACAUUUGCCUGUGUGUUGAUAACUCUAAAUCUCAAAUAAAAAUACUAUCAAAUAAUAUCUCCCCUCCCUUGAUCCCCUGACAAUAUUUAAGGAUACAUCUUUUCUCAAGAUCUGCUUGAAAUGCACACACACUUUCACACAGACUUCUGUGGCGAUUAUAGAGUAAUUUUUAAGCACUAAAUUUCUCUUGGCCUUGUCUGCAGCUGCAGUUUUCCGGUGCAAGUUCUACUUGGUUUUUACUUUGUAUUGUGUGCAUGAGAGAUAUGCUACUGGGUAUGCUUUUUUUCUUUUAAUAAACUCAUAAAAAUCUA